AUGCCGUUGAUACAAUUUUCUCAAAGAGCUACCAUCAAAUUAUCCCAACGAGCAUUCUCAUCAUGCAGCAUUCUCCUUAAUAACAACAAGCAGCAGCUGUUAGAGCAAUGGCGGGAAACGAUCAGCAGAAAAAAAGUCAUUGAACAUGAUGCGAUUACUCCUUCAGCGUUUAAUCUUUUGGGGAAUACUCUAAACGAUCCAGUGUAUCGACAUGACUAUCUACCAAAGAAUGGCACCGAACUUCCUCCAGCAUGGCACCAGGCCUAUUUCCCACCCCGUGUAACAGAACAGGAGCUAUCACCUGAUGGUUAUGAGCAGGACUGGAAACCCCCAUCGCCAUUCACGCAUCGCAUGUGGGCUGGUGGUGAGCUCGAGUGGAAUGUCGACAAUCCUUUGAGGGUGGGCGAUCAAGUUGAAAUGGUGUCGAGUUUACGUGAUAUCCAAUUUCGACCUGCAGGGAGGAGAGGAGACUCCGUGUUUAUUUGGAUCGAUAAAAAGAUAAGCAAUCAAAAAGGCUGGGCCAUGACCGAAACGCGUAGUUGGGUCUAUGUGCAACCCACUUCCUCCUCCCCUGACAAGAAUGGAUCAUCGUCGUCAUCCAAAAAGACACAAGCUAUCUUUGAAUUACCUCACCAUGACUUUUCCUUCGAGAUAACACCUACACCCAUUACGUUGUUUCGAUUCUCAGCUCUGACCUUCAAUUCACAUCUCAUCCAUUACGACCAUCAAUAUGCAACCGAAACAGAACAUCAUCGAGGUUGCUUGGUCCAUGGUCCUCUUUCAUACACCUUGAUGAUGAAUACAUUGAAUCGCUAUCUCAAAGAAAACGAUCCUACAUCUGUCAUCCAGUCAUUCAAGUAUCGCUGCCGGUCACCAUUGGUAGUGAAUGAAGCAAUACGCGUUCAAGGCAAGGCCGAUCCUGAUACACCUGGUCAAUAUUCACUUUGGGUAGCUGAUGCCCAGGGCAACAUGGCCGUCAAAGGUACCGCUACAGUGGCCACUAAAUCCUCUUGA